AUCAGAGUGGAGCGAGGACCAACUGCUGAGAUGCUGUGGAGUUUGGUUUUCAUCUGGGUUAUAACAACCCAAAAUGUAGCUGUGCAGACAACAGAUCUCUGCAACAAACAGAGAAAAAAUCUGACAGUGAAGAAUGCAUCUCAGUCCUCAACCUUAGAUGAUGGAGAACGCGUACCAUUGAUCCCUCCCAGAGCCUUUGAUGGGGAUCCCAGAACAUGUUGUCGCACCCAGAAACAGACUAACCCCUGGUGGAGAAUUGACCUGCAGGGGAUUUACAACAUUUCCUGCAUCUCUAUCUAUACUAAACCAGAUGAUGUAGCUUACAUAUCUGGAGCUCAGAUCUACAUCGGGAACUCUCUAGAGAACAACGGCACCAACAACAGGCUGGUUUACAACAUCACAGAACAAGGACAGAAGAUAAAAUAUAAAAACCUUGAUAUGACUGCCUUCAGCUUUACCACAUCAGCAUUGGGGCGAUACGUCACUGUGUUCAGACCAGGCCACAAGCAUCUGGUUCUUUGUGAGGUGAAAAUCACUGGCACAGAUCUCUGUAACAAAAUGAGCAUAAGUCUGAAGGCAAAGAAUGCAUCCCAGUCCUCAACCUUAGACUGGAUAAAGACUAAUGGAGAACACGUACCAUUGAUCCCUCCCAGAGCCUUUGAUGGGGAUCCCAGAACAUGUUGUCGCACCCAGAAUCAGACUAACCCCUGGUGGAGGAUUGACCUGCAGGGGAUUUACAACAUUUCUUGCAUCUCUAUCCAUACCAAACGAAAUGAUGUAGCUAACAUAUCUGGAGCUCAGAUCUACAUCGGGAACUCCCUAGAGAACAACGGCACCAACAACAGGCUGUAA